GUGUUCAUAAUUAACCUACUUCUACUAAUUAUCCCCGCCCUAAUCGCCAUGGCCUUCUUGACACUUACAGAACGAAAAAUUUUAGGCUACAUACAACUUCGCAAAGGCCCUAACACCAUCGGCCCAUAUGGAAUACUCCAACCUAUUGCUGAUGCAAUAAAACUUUUCACUAAAGAACCCCUACUUCCUACAACAUCCACCACAACUCUAUACGUAAUUGCCCCUAUUCUAGCCCUUUCAGUUGCCCUUAUCCUAUGAACUCCGCUACCUAUACCGCAUCCCCUUGUCAACUUCAACCUAGGCCUCUUAUUUGUACUUGCAACAUCAAGCUUAGCCGUUUAUUCAAUCCUAUGGUCUGGGUGAGCAUCCAAUUCAAACUAUGCACUAAUUGGUGCACUACGAGCCGUAGCCCAAACAAUCUCCUACGAAGUCACUUUAGCCAUUAUCCUACUAUCAACCCUACUAAUAAGCGGUUCAUUUAACAUCCACUCAUUAAUUACAACACAAGAACAUUCCUGACUCCUACUUCCAGCAUGACCCCUUACUACAAUAUGAUUUAUCUCCACACUAGCAGAAACUAACCGAGCCCCCUUCGACCUAACAGAAGGCGAAUCAGAACUAGUCUCAGGAUUUAAUAUUGAGUAUGCUGCUGGCUCUUUUGCUCUAUUCUUCAUAGCAGAAUAUAUAAAUAUCAUUAUAAUAAAUGCCCUAACUACUACCAUCUUCAUAGCAACCCCCCACAAUACAGCCCUCCCAGAAUCUUACACAACAAACUUUAUAAUCAAAACUCUCCUAUUAACUGCCUUAUUCCUAUGAAUCCGUACCGCAUACCCACGACUUCGCUACGAUCAACUAAUACAUCUUCUAUGAAAAAAGUUCCUACCACUUACAUUAGCCCUAUGUAUGUGAUACAUCUCACUACCUACCCUAACAUCCAGCAUCCCACCCCAAACAU